CAUCGGCGCUCCCGUCCAAGUCCCUACUUUCCAAUCACCUCCCCAGUAUCCCCAGAAUUACCCACAGGAAGAUAUACUCACGUGACUCCACGGCGGGGCAGCCCUGGAGGAGAUCUACUUUUAGGCGGGGCCCUGCAUAAUCGACUUGCCAGCACAUCAGACAUGAAGCUCCUAUAACGGCCGGAAAGCACCGCGUUCCAAUCGAUGAAACUUUACCAAUCCCUCUCCUUCCCUUCACCACGCCUCUCCCGCUACUGUUGACGCGUUUUCCGAGCCUCCAUAUCAUCUCCGACCGCCCUGAGGCGUCCUUGAGCGGUGUGAACCCCCCGCAUUCGGUCCCAAACUCCACGGAUCAGAGGUAGUAAACACAACCUCGACACGAGAACCGCAAUUCGACCUCCUAUCACACUCCACCUCCAAGGCCGCAGCAAGAGCAACAUCUCCAUCUCUCUCGCCGGGCCACUCCCCCCAACCCAAACCACCAUGAACACCGACCCCCUAACCGGCGCCCCGCUCCCCCCCACCGCCAUCCAACGCAUCCUAUACCUCGCGCCCAAAGUCCACAUCUACCAAAUCCCGCCCUUAACCUCGACAAGGGGCUACCAAGCCUCCGCGUGGACCGACGCCAACAACCCCUCCGCUCGACAAAUCUUCACCGCCCGCCUCCGCAUCGUCGAGACGUCGAUCCCGAGUCCCAAUUCCGACGACAACGAUGAGAAAGUCACGACGACAUUGCUGCUCGAAGACCCUUCCACAGGCGCAUUGUUCGCCGCCGCACCGUAUACCUCGCCCGCCGUCGUCGAGCAGGCGCUCGAUUCGUCGCGCUUCUUCGCCGUCACGGUCGUGGGCGAGGGGCGCAAGGCGGUGCUGGGCAUGGGCUUUGAGGAGCGGGCGGAAGCGUUCGAUUUCAGUAUCGCGCUGCAGGAUGCGAGGAGGGUGUUGGGGUUCGAAACCAAGGACGACAGUGGUAGGAUUAGUGGGAAGGGCGUCGGGCGAGGAGGGGAAAGGGCGGAAACCAAGGAGGAGCCGCGGAGAGAUUUCAGUCUCAAGGAGGGCGAGACGAUAUCGAUAAAUUUGGGGGGACUAAAGGGACGGCGGUCAAGACCUGACAGCGGUACUUCGGCGGCCGGGCAAGCAAAGAGUGAACAGGAUGCUUUGUUUAGUAUUAAGCCACCGCCUGGGCCGGGAGGCGGAGCAGCGCCGUUUCUACCGCCGCCGCCGAGCGCGAAGAGCGUCAAGGAGGAGCGGCGGAGGAGUAGGCAGACGUUUGAGCAGUCGCCGCAGGACUUGGGGUUUGAUGACGGCGAGUUUGGAGAAUUCCAGUAAUGGGCAAUGGGAUGCGUACUUUCGCCUUGCAUAAGAGAGAGAUGGCACCCGUUUAGGCUUAUUUAGCAUGGAGUCUGGAUUGCAUGGCUGGCGUUUGGAUGGUUGUUCAACACGAUUACUGAGAAUACGAAUUCCAUAUCCUACACCUUUGCCA